GUCAAUGGGAUUUCACUCGGGCCAUUACAUGAUGCAGUUCUGACUUACCUAUCCAAGAUCCGAAGCAAUCCUUCCCUUUGGCUCACUCACGGCAGCUCAUUUGUUGAGGCAAGCCUAAAUGGUGCCAAAAUCAAAAAUACCGAGGCAAUUGAAGCAGCACAUGUACUUUCCCUUCACCUCCCCCACAUACCGGACGCUCUUAUUGCAUUUCUGGAUGGUGCCUCCAAAACAUACACCCGGUUCUCAGCAGAGUUUGCUAUUGGGGGACAAAUCGACUCACUGACACCAGAAGAGAUCAAAAGGAUCUUCAUUCCAAGCACAAAUGACGCAAAUGAGGGUGCACUUGGCCAACUUCGGUGCAUGAAGCGGCUGAGUACAUGCAUGACGCAGAUGAAGUUGAAUGCCAUCCAGAUGGCAAAGCGGAAUGGAGUAGAUGAUUUCAUAGUUGGUAGUCUGUCCAGCGAAGACCAGAGAGUGCUGAUGUCACUUGUGAGGCUGUGGGAUAUGUCAGGCCACGAGCAUGAGCAGAAGCGAGAAAUCUGAGCAGCAAAUGCAAAGAAGGUGGCAGAUAGUCAGCGGAAGGCCGAGGCUGCAAAAGAAAGGACACAGGCAAAGCAGGAAGCACUCAAGAAGUUGUCAGAGGACGUGAUCUAUGAUUUAGAAGGAAUAAAGGCCCUCAAAACCAAGAAAGCAGCCAAGCAACAACUUGACGCGCACCGAUACCUUCAUCCCAAUGACAAGGAC